AUGAGUCUUGAUUGCGUUCAGACACGGCAUAAUUAAUCUUUUAGUUGAUAUGCUUUGUUCUCUUAUGUUUUGGAAUCGGAAGUAGUUCAUUAUUAGGUGGACAUUGGUAAGCUUGGUUGUGAAUAUUUAAGGCUUGAGGUUCAUCUCAAAUGACUUUUACGAUUAUUGGGGAUUUUACGCAUCUCCUAGAGCAUAUUGGCAUUUUCCAUUGCAUUCAAAAUUAUAUCUGGAGAUAAUUGCUGUACCUUGGGGUUUGGAUUUUUUCAUCAUUAAAUACAUCCUUCAUUUCAACUUGAUCCUCUUGCUCUUGCUCUGCUCUUUCUUUGAUUUCGUUCGUCACCUCUUAUCUUCCAUCGAUUUACCAUGGCUUCAUGUCAAUACAUGACAAUGAGAAAUAACAAAGUUAAAUAAAUUCAGUAUUAUUCAAUGAGGUGAAUUUUGCAAGAGGGCAGCGGUAGCAAAUUGGUGAAUCAUCACAGGAAAUUGAACUUCAAAGGAGACAAGUAAUUGUUGGUUUAUACUGGGGGUAGAGGGGGAUCCUCUUUAUGUGGUGAAAAGCUUGUUCUUAAUCCAUGUGCCUCAGUUUAGAAGGCACAAACGACGUUGCAAAAUGAAUUCUGAGCAGCGAAGGAAAGAGAGACAGGGUGCAGGGGCUCUGGGGCAACCACCAGAGAUUGAGCUGAAUGAGACUUUCAACCCAUUUCGCAAUGAUAACCAUUUUGAUGGAGCAUACGAGAUACUUAAAAUUAUACUCUUGCUACCCGUAAUGGUGGUGCGACUCUUAGUUUUUGUGACUUCACUUCUUUUAGGAUACUUGCUUACCAAACUAGCUCUGUUCAGAGCUACGAAUGUGUUGACAAGUCCAUUUCCUCAAUGGCGUCGUUCAUUGAUGCUACCAGUUCGUCUCUGUGCCCGGGUGAACCUUUUUGCCUGUGGCUUUCAUUGGAUUCAUUUGAAAGGUAGGCCUGCUCCACGUCAUGAGGCUCCCAUUCUAGUGAGUAAUCAUGUGACGUUUGCGGAUCCAUUGUUCCUUUUCUUCAAGCAUCUGCCAGUAAUAGUCACAGCUUAUGAGAACCUCAACUUGCCAAUAGCUGGUGCUAUCAUUAAGGCGAUGCAAGCAAUUGCUGUUGAUCGAAUCUCAAGAACAUCCCGUCAAAAUGCAUCUGAUGCAAUCAAGCGGAAAGCUAUGUGCAAUGACUGGAGUCAUGUAAUGAUAUUUCCUGAGGCUACCACGACGAAUGGCAAACUUCUCAUUUCCUUCAAAGCAGGGGCCUUUACACCCGGCUUCCCUGUUCAACCAAUCCUUAUUCGAUAUUCAUAUGUGCACAUGGACCCAUGUUGGGUUGCAGAGGGACCGGUCAUUUAUUGGCUUCUCUUCCGCUUAAUGACCCAGUUUCAUAACUUCAUGUCGGUUGAAUAUCUCCCUAUUAUCUAUCCGAAUUUGGCAGAAACAAAAAAUCCGCAGAUGUUUGCAGAACGGGUGCGCCUCACAAUGGCACGAGCCAUGAACACAUCUGUGACUCAGCAUACAUUUGAGGAUGCCACUCUGGCCAUGGAAGCAGUGAGACUGAACAUCGAUAGUGGGUCUGCUCUUCUUGAAUUUGGGGAAUUCAACAAGAUCUCUCCAUUCAGAGUCAAGGACGCUAAGCGAUGCUUAUCUAAAUUUCUAACCAUGGAUUCCUCAAAAAGGGGUUCUCUCACUUUCGAGGACUAUAUUAAAGCGGUAAAUUUGCCUAAUUGUUCCCUGCUACAGCAGGUGUACCGAUACUUUGAUCGUACCAACAGUGGUUGCAUCAGUUUUCGGCAGUAUGCUGUAGGGAUAGCUUAUGUAAGCAGUCAUUUAAGAUUCAAAGAAGCUGUAGUUGCAGCAUACAACUUUUGUGGUGGUGAAGAAAAUGAUCUACCAGAUGAACCGACGUUGCUGAGAAGCUUACGUGUACUCAUCCCAUCAGUUUCAAAGCAACAGGUUCACUUGCUUUUUGACAGACUUGAUGUAAAGAAGGGAGGAAUACUUCGACUGGCUGACUUUGCCAGCUAUUGUGACGAGAAUCCUGAUUUCCUACUAAUAUUUUUGAUUGGGAAGUCAAGUCUACUUUGACUCAAGAUUUCACAUAAUAGGCAAUGUUGCAGCAUUCUCAGCGCGCAGAGGCGGGCAAAAAGCUUGAAUGAGUGUUGUCUGAUUGGUCUUUUCCCUGCACUAUUAUUUGGAGGUCGUGUUGGGUUCUUGUUGUAGUAGGCUGAGACGAUCAGUGAAAUAGAAGUAAUUGAUUCUGAUACUGCUCGAGUUGAAGUGGCAGGCAGUGGUCCUCAACUGCGAAUUCAGAGGAUGGACAUAAUAUAUAGAGUCACGUAUAUCAAUACCUUAAAUUGGGCAAGUCCAGCUGCACAUUGUGCGACAGAGGUCUAUUCUUUUUGUAGAGUAUUGUAUAAGUUAUAGCAACUCUAGGCCCAGUGAUUUGCAAAAGCAUAGUUGUUCACUCUGUUUGUAAUUUUAAAUUUUACAUGCAAAUUUUAUACUUUCUCUACUUUAUUCGA